GCUCUUGGCAGCCGGUCCCCCCUCCUGUGUGUUGUCGCAGAGCUUUGCACCUCCCUUACUCUGCACUUACUACCCCGGGUCAGAGCCCCGGGUCUUUUUCUGGCGCUCCUGAGCUGCGCGGGGGGCAGUGCUGGGCACGGUCUAUCACCGGCAGUUGGCACUCUGGACGUGUUUGGGUCUUGGCCUGACGCACCUCUUUGGCUCGUGGUUGCUUACUGUUUGUGUCGUUUUCCGUCUGCUUUGUGUAGUGUGAGUUCCUCAGCCACUCGGUCACUUCCUGGAAGGCAGGCUCAGUGUCACGGCCCCACUUUUUGCGUCUCCUAUUCCAGGAGCCUGACACGGGGCUGUGCACACCUGUAAGGGUUUUAGUAAGCCCUCCUUUUUAUUUAAUUUAAUUAUCUUAUUUAUUGAAAAAUUUUUUAAUAUUUAUUUUUGAGAAAGAGAGAGAGAGACAGAGUGCGAGCCGGGGAGAGAGGGAGGGAGACACAGAAUCCGAAGCAGGCUCCAGGCUCUGAGCUGUCAGCACAGACCCUGACGUGGGGCUCGAACCCACGAACCGCGAGAUCGUGACCUGAGCCGAAGUCGGAAGCUUAACCGACUGAGCCACCCAGGUGCCCCUUAUUUUUUAUUUUAGAGAGAGAAAGCAGGGGAGGGGGCAGAGGGAGAGGGAGAGAGAAUCUUAGGCAGAGCAUGGAGCCCACCCGACACGGGGCUCAAUCCCAUGACCCUGGGAUUGCGACCUGAACCAAAAUCAAGAGUUGGACUCUCGACAGACUGAGCUACCCAGGCACCCCAGUGAAUCCUUCUAGAGUCUAUGUCAUAUCUACAUUUAUUUAUUUACUAUUAUUUUUAAAUGUCCUGUCUACUUAAGUUUGUAGGGGCCUUGGCAGUUUUGGGAGGCACCUUGACAUCUUUUUUCUCAUUCUGGAACAUCUUUAUAAUUUGUGGGACCCAGUGCAGGGCCCCUUGUUCAAAAAGUAGUGAGCAUUUCAAGACUGCGAUAGCAGAGGUUUAGACCAAGGGUGGGGCUUCUACGCCUCAGCUCAUGAAGCCGGCCCUGAUCUCAUUGUACCCAACGAGGGAAGAUACGCUAGAUAGAGCCCAUGAUUUCCUUUUUACAGAUGGCAAAAUGAAGGGCCCAAAGGGCAGUGACCAACCUCAGCUGUGCAGCUGAUCGGAAACAGUUCUGCCCCUGGAGCACGCUGACUGUCUUAUCCUGGCUCAGGGGCCCCCACAACUUUGAGCCUCAGUUUCCUCCUCUGUAAAAUGGGGGCAUCGACCUGAUCCUAAAAUGGCAGCUAGAACAGCUGGAGGUGAAUCCCUGGACGGUCCCAUCGGGAACAUCACCUCAGCUUGUGGAUGCCUUCCCCCUAAAGUCACAGAUGCAAAGCUCUUCUCUGCUUCUGGGAAGGGCCCGAGUCCUACAGACAGUAGGAGGCUAAUUGGCUUUUGUGGUAGUUGAAGAAAUUAAAGCCCUCAGGAGUGGAAGAAGGCUGUCUUCUCAUCUCUUUUUGAAGGAAUGUGGGCACUUGGGUGGAAGUUUCCCCAGGGGGCCUUGGGGUUUCGAUGCUUUGAUAUCUAGAGGAACGAAAGAGAAUUAAUCGCUAUAGACGCCCGUUCCCGCAGGGGUAGUCUGAGGGCGGAGGCAGUGUCAGGAGUGGGUGACGGGUCCUCCAUCCGAGGGCCAUUGCUGGUUGAAGAGAGACCCAGACUAGAGGCCAGAGGUUUGAGCAGCAUCUACCUGUAGGGGAGGCUCUGGAAAUCUCACUUUCUCUGGAAAACACGUUUUCUUCAGCCCCUUGGGCUAGUGAGCAUCUCUCUUUGCUGAAAGACAGUGGGAGAGGGGUCUCGCUGCUCCCCGAGGUCCUGCACCUCCCUUACAACAGGUUGCUCCAAGUGUUGGCCUCAGAUCUCUGUCCUCACAGCGGGGCUGAAAACUGGGGGUCCGCCUGUAACCAGGGACUCCGAGGUCAGUGCGCACAGCACAGGAGGUGACCGGGCCGGAGCGGCCGGGCACCUCUCCCCAGUGCCCCCGCCUGCCUCUGGCCGUGCUCCUGCCAGGGGAACCUGCAAAGGGCCCGAACAGUGAGGUUGUGUGUCAGCGGGCAAAAGGGGAGAAGGAGAAGGCAGCGUUCUUUGAUUCCUGCAAGAGGUGUGUUUGGGGCCAGUAGACCUGUGGCCAGGCGCUAGGUUGUAAAUGACCCACAACUGUGUUUUAUGUUGUGUGGGGGGUGAGUUUAUGUUCACACAUGCAGCUACAGGUGCUUGCUGAGCACAGGACAGACGUAAAUGCGUGUCCGAGCACAGAGCAGGUGGAGCCCGGGCUGUUUGGUGGGUGGGACGCCUUCUCGUGCAGGUUCAGGACUUGCCCAUCAGCUGCCCUGGAGUGACUCACCCCGGUGACAACGUCUCUGAGCACAGCUCUCAGUUGGACUUGGUGACUAACCCAAGGAAGGAGGGUGCGUGGUGACCUGCUUCAGCCGGAAAUGACAGGCGGGCAUUAGCUGCGCUCAGCACCUUAUCCCAGAGCCAUUGGUGCGGGUUCCCUGGGCCGGCCAGACACAAAGGGCCGCACCUGCCUAUUUCUCCCCGGCCUCAGCCCGCCCUGCGCAGUUGAGCAGCUGUUUGCCUGAAGUUAAUUUUCAGAGGCAGGAGUCCCCAGGGCUGGCCAGGGAAUGAACCGCGAGGGGGCUCCCGGGAAGAGUCCGGAGGACAUGUACAUUCAGCAGAAGGUCCGAGUGCUGCUCAUGCUGAGGAAGAUGGGAUCAAAUCUGACGGCCAGCGAGGAGGAGUUUCUGCGCACCUACGCGGGGGUGGUCAACAGCCAGCUCAGCCAGCUGCCCCAGCACUCCAUCGACCAGGGUGCGGAGGACGUGGUGAUGGCAUUUUCCAGGUCGGAGACGGAGGACCGGAGGCAGUAGCUGUGAACCCCUUGGAACACCCUGGAAGCUGGCAAGGGCCAAGAGAUCUGUGCGGACCUCGGCCAGCCGAGUGGCAGCAGAUCACCUUCCCGAUCUCCCUGCCCCUACACCCUACCCUACCCCACUCCAGGGUCACUCAGCAGGGCUGGCACCGAAGGAGGCACCGGUGGUGCAGUUACAAUUGGCUUAAAGGGACGGACUCAUGAUUGGCUGCAGGAAGAAACCCUUUUAUUUUUAAAUCUUGACCAACAGAAACCUUUUAUUUUUAUUUCUGACUUUUUUUUUUUUUUUUUUUUUUUUUUUUUUUUUUUUUUAAUUUGCUCCUCGGUAUAUGGCUUCCCAGGAAGCUCUCCGAGAUCUGGUGCUUUAUUUAGGUCACUUUUUAGGAAUGUGAAGAGGCCCGAUUGGCUGCUUAAACUGGAAAAGGAUUCUGAUUGGCCAGCUAGUGGGAAACGGUGUUUUUUGGUUUUUUUUUUCUUUGAUUGGCUGCAGGUGUUCUGCUGAUAGCAACAGCUUCUCUCUUUUCAAUGCUGAAAACAGGGUUUGGGACAUUGGUUGUUAUAUUUGACUUGAAAAGAAAAAAAAAAGAAACCAAGUGCGCUUUGCAAUAUUUAUUACACAAAGAGCUUGCUGCUGCUUUCA